AUGUGUGAGUGUGUGUGUGUGUGUGUGUGUGUGUGUGUGUGUGUGUGUGUGUGUGUGCGAGUGUAGUGAUUGUGUAUGUGUCAGUGUGUCCGCUUCAGAUGGGUGAGAAUGUGGAUGAUCGAAAAGGUGGAACAAGUAAGGAAACGGACCGGCGAAGAUUCAAAGUCGAGGGAGACAACUCAAAAGACUCUGACGCGACCGUAACGCAGGGAGAAUUGCGCGACGGGUUUCGUACUUCGCUCAAAGUGUUGUCUACCGGUGGGUUGUGAGCUCGUGGUGGCGUGGUGGUAGAAAAAAAAAAUCCUCGGGAUGCACUCCCGCUUUCCUCGCGCUGGCCCGGGAAUCACGCGCCAUUGAGGAGCGAUACUGUGCAUGCGCCCUGGUCGCUCGCCUCGCUCGGACGAUAAGAACAGCGGCGUGGCGUCGGCCUCCAUUUGCGAAUUCGUGUUUAGGCUCGAAGAAUCCACCGAGGCCUGCGGACUCACUCGACGGCACGCAACAGUUGGGAUUUGCUGUAAUUAUAUUAGUCGUCGGAAGAGCAGCAGCGGGUAUAUACAAGCCAUUGAGAGAUGUUAGAUAAAGUUGAACUGCUGUAGCGGUCAUCAAGGCCCACCUGUUACCCCUAAAGCCCCCACCGUGGACGGGUGUCUCCGGAACUCUCUUCAUGAUGGACCUGCAGCCUGCCGUGUCAGUCCAGGUGGGCGCCGACAGCAAGGAGCCGGCUGUCACCCUCACCGCACCCUCUGCACCUGAGCCGCUCAGUCUAAAACCCUGCCUCUUUAACUCAGAGCUUGUGGAGAGCCAUGCUGUGUCUGUGACCAACACAGACUCCAUGCCAACCCUUCCUUCCUCGCCUGCUGAGGCAUGCCUUGCCAAGCUAGCUACAACCUCACCCACCACCUCCACCGCGGAAGGCACCGUCGUGGACAAAAGCCCUACUACCUCAGACAUCGCCUCGGCCUCGGACUCCCUCGCAAGCACCGGGACGAGUUUGGCCGAAUCGACAACUACAACAAUAACAACAAUAACAAUGGCGGCGGAAGCAGUAGAGUCUUCUUCGCCGCCUCCUGCCUUCGUGGCUCUGAGCGUUGACCCGUUCCAAAAGGGCCACUCUCCCGCCGUGCUGAGGUUCAAGGGCAUCAGCGUCACCCUGGAGAACAACAGCGUGUGGAAGCAGUUCCACUCCUACGGCACCGAGAUGAUCCUCACCAAGAGCGGCCGCCGCAUGUUCCCGUACUGCCGGUACCGGCUGUCGGGCCUCAACCCCAGCCAGCGCUACAGCCUGGUGCUGUCCAUCGUCCCCGCCGACCAGCACAAGUACCGCUGGAACACCAAGAAGUGGGAGGUGAUCGGAGCCGCCGAGUACCAAGCCCAGGGGCUGAUCCGCGCCUUCCCCCACCAGAACUCCCCCUGCCUGGGCUCGGAGUGGAUGAACACCCUGGUGUCCUUCUACAAGCUGAAGCUGACCAACAACAUGAGCGACCAGGAAGGACACAUGAUCCUGCACUCCAUGCACCGCUACAUUCCCCGGCUGCACGUCAUACCGGUGCUGGACGGGGACGGGCCCACGGCGGACCAGCCCGUGAUCAAGGGGCCCGAGAGCAUGACGUUCACCUUUCCCCAGACAGAGUUUGUCACCGUGACCACGUAUCAGAACCCCUGGAUCAUACAAUUGAAAAUUAAUCACAACCCCUUCGCCAAGGGCUUCCGGGAGGAGGGCAUCCAUCCCCGCCUGUUCAAGCCCAAGUUGGGGGACUCUCCGGGGACGAAAGAGGCCCAAUCGCCGGUCACGAAACCGGCUGAGGACGACGACAACGACGGCGGAGCCAUGGAGAUCAGCAUGGAGAAGACGCCCGUUGCCUGCACCAACAUGUCCCCCCUCCCGACCCCUCUCUGCGAUACACCCGAGCCCCACGAAGCGCAGCCCGAGGCGGCCAGGACCCAGGACCCCGUCGUCCCUGUCCCCGAGGAGGCCAUGGAGGUGGUCCCCACGGAGAGGAGCCCCCCCACCGGGCCACCGAGCCCCACCGGGCCCCCGAAACGGCCCCGUGGCCGGCCCCGCAAGAGGCUCAGCCUGGGCAUGUCCCCUUCGGCGGGGGCGGGGGCGGGCCCCGGCCCCGGCCCGUUGCACGCCGUGGAGACACGGUCGUCCAAAGCGCCGGUCGUACCGGAGGACUCGGACGAGGACUACACGACCACGCCCGCCAGCUCCAGGAAGAGGAAGAGGCCCAACAAGAAGUGGGGCAACUCCCGGGGCCGGGCGGACGGGAGGCCGGGCGGGGCCGCGGUCGCCAGCCCGGCGGUGGCGGUUGCGGGCCCUGCCCAGCCGGAGAGCGACGACGUGGAGGGCCUGCUGUUUGUGUCGUUCACCUCCAAGGAGGCUCUUGGGCUCCACCUGGGCGACCGGGGAGCAGGGAACGACAGGUCCUCCUCAGCUCAGGACUCUCCCGUGUCUUUAAGGGCCACGCUGGAUCCAACCGGAGGUCAUCUGCCCCUCCCCCGCCCCGACUUGCCCGGACUUGGCAACACCACCCCCCUCUCCCCGACAGUUGGCGGAGCCGCGUUUGUGUCGCGGACGGGGAAGACCAGCGACCUGACGAAGAUAAAGGGCUGGAGGGACAAGUUCAUCAAGCGCAGCAAAGAGUCCUCCGCUCAGCAAGAUGGCUCUCAGAAGGACCUGUCGGCCUUCUGCAGCAACAUGCUGGACGAGUACCUGGAGAGCGAGGCGCAGCAGAUCAGCGAGCGGGCCGCCGCCUUCUCCGCCAGCACCGAGGCCCCGGUGGCGUACCAGCUCCCCGAGAAGAGCUCCAGCUACGUGAAGACGCUGGACAGCGUGCUGAAGCACCGCAGCCCGGCGGCAGUGGCGGCGGCGGCGGUAGCGACGCCCAAAGCUCCCAUGCGGGCCAACCGACCCUGUCCCCUCUCCAUGAAGCCCCUCCUCUACUCGGUGCUCACCUCGCCGGCUCCUCCUCUCAAGAUGGACCGACCGGCGGCCCCCAAGGCCAAGUCGCCCAGGCCCAAGCCGGCGACGCCCAAAGCGGGUCCGGACGCGGCCAAGAGCCUUGUGGCUCAGGCCGGAGUCAAGGCCUUACCCAUCUCCCUGUGGUUCCCGGCGGAUAAAACCUCACCGGCUCCCGCCUCUCACGGAUCCCAGGCGACCAGCAGCAUUAGAGCGGUGCCGGCCUUCAAGAUGAGUCCGGGCUGGGGCCUGCUGCAAGCCCACCUUCAGGGCAAGGGCCUGUCCAAGUUGCAGCUUCGCAUGCUGGGCAUGGAGGAGACGCUGGAGCACCAGGGCGUGGUUCGCACCAGCCUCACCCACGAGAGGCUGGACUUCGCCCUGUCGGCGCUGCUGACCGCCACGAUGAAACACAAGCAGCCGUCGGCCGCGGCCCAGUACACCUCGGCCUCGGGCCCUGCCUGCGGCCAGGUGUACUGCCGGCUUGGUUGCGUGUGCUCCAGCCUGGCCCGUGUCAACCGGGGCCCGCUCCACUGUCGCCGGCCCGACUGCAUGCUGGGCUGUGACUGUUUCAAACGCAAGAUCGUCAAGCAGCUCCUGGGAAGCGAGGACGAGAAGCCACCGGAGAGCCAGUCGAACCCUCUAUACGCGGUGAAGAGCCUUCAGCACGAGGUGCAGCCGAGCCCCGGGUCCCACUGGGACCGCAUCUGGCACAAGGAGCUGGCCCCGCCCGACCCGGAGCCCCUGUACGCUCCCAAGAGCCUGGACAGCAUGUGCUACACCUCCAGGCGCCCCGUUUACCAACACGUCCAACCGAUACAGGAAAAGGACAAGGACCCGGUGUAUAAGUACCUGGAGAGCUUGAUGACCUGCGCUCGUGUCCGGGAGUUCAGACCCUCCAUGAAAAACCCCUCCAAAGACACCGAUUCUGCCAAGGCCCCGGUGGCCCUGAAGGGCACGGCCCCAGCCCCGGUGCUUCUUCCACAGCCCAAGAAGGCCUACGUCCCGGCUAGAAAGUUCCCAAACAUCAUAUUGACUUUUAAAAACACAGGGAAGAACUGCGCCGUAGACAACGACCCCCUGGACGCCCAGCAGAUAGAGAUCCUGUCCGAGUGCCACUGGGACGACGACCGCAAGCUCAUCCUGGGGGCUCUGUGUCAACGCAUGAAGCGCGGCAACCUGGCCAUCCCCUUCUGUGCCGGGCCGUACCACGUCUCCCUCAUCGCCAAGAUCCUCAGGCCCAUGGCCAACGGCUCCACCAUCAGCUACAAGAUGCGCAUCUGUAGGCUGAAGGCUGCCAGUGAGGAUGAGGAAGAUGCGGACGACACCUCGGACGAGGAAGAGGUCGACGAGAACGACUCUGAUGACGGGGAAAUUCACAGCAGCGGCAAGGAGCAGGAGGAGGAGGAAGAAGAAGAGGAGGAGGAGGUGAAGAAGCAGGCGUCGAGAGAGGAGGCCCUGAUGGAGGAUCCCUGCUCCCCAGAGACGGAGCAGAUGGGUGUGACUCCCUUCCUGAGCCGCGUGUUGCCCGCCGGGAUUCUCCAGGCCAGGAGGAAGCCAGCGGGGAGCAACACUGUGGGGCUAGUCCAGGUGAACGGCAAAUCCUACCCUCAGGCGUGUCUGAUGCUGGGCCAUGUGGGGUCGCUGCAUCCGGCCAAUCGCCUCGCGGCAUACGUCACGGGCCGCCUCUCCGGCGCAAACCAGCCCCAGAAGAACCCGGUCCCCCCAGCCCAGAAGACCCCCAUUCCCAGAAUUCCCCCUCGCCCUGCUCCAGUUGUGAAGGAGGAGCCGAAGACCAAAGCCAAAGCAGUUACGGAGAGCGAUGUGCCCGCGGCCCACCCCGCGCCCCGUCCCGUCACCACCUUCAGGACCCGCGGGCUGGGCUCCACGGCGCCGCCCUGCAGCACCUCCUUCUCCUCGCCCGUGUCCAUCACCGUGUCGCGCUCCCUGAAGGAGCCCAGCUUCCUGGCCGAGAGGGGCACCUACUCCUUCCGGAUCUGCCCGCCCACCGCCAACCAGGGCCCCGCGGCGGCGGCGGCGGCCGGCGGCCCCGCCCGCCACCCGGCCGGGGUCUCCCUGCCCGGGGGGUUCACCCUCAUCCAGCUGCCCAAACACGGGGCCAACGGGGCCCUGGCGCUCCCGGUGGACCCGGAACGGUUCCCGUCCGCCGCGGACCGCGGGGAAGCCCCGGUGAAGAUCGAGGUCUGCCCCGAUGCCGUCGCCCCCGGUAACGACGCAGACGUCGAGGCCCGCGCCGCCGCAGAAGACCAAUCGGGCGCAAGCGUGCUCGAGGCUGGCUCCUCCAUCCCCAAGCUCGAGUGCGACGAGAAGAUGCAGUCGGGCGACAGCGACGACUCUCUGAGGCACGAACCGAAGACGGAGGACAGAGCGGCAGAGGACGAAGAGUCGGGGCAAGGGUCCUCGGACUCGGACCGCGAGGAGGUCGGAGAUUUGAAGGAGGAAGGUGGCUUGGUGGACGUGGAGACGGUGGAAGAUGUGCCGGUGGACGUGGAGACGGUGGAAGACAUGACGCAGACCAUCGAUGAGCUGAGGAAGUCCGUCGGUGCCUCGUCCCGUAGUUUAUGGGAUUCUAGCGAGGAAUCGGGAUCCUCAAUGGAGUCAAAAUCAAUGCCCACCCAGCCCCCGGCUUUCGCGGUGGAGGAAGAGGAGGAAGAGGAGGAGAUGGAGGAGGAGCCUACAGACCUGGCGACGGGCCACAGGAGGAGGCAGCACAAGGUGCUGGAGAGGCUGCGGCGCAUGGAGCAGCGCGACCUCUUCAUCAAGUUGCAGACCCUCCUCCGCACCGACCCCAAAGCGCCCAAGCUCCGCCUCCUUUCGCAGGCUCAAACUGAGAUCAAAACCCUUGUGGAGACCUCCAAGGCUCUGGAAAAGCAAAAGAAGAAGCUGUGCGAGAUGCAAAAGCUCUACGUCAGGAGGAUUUCCUGUUUGGCUGGAAAGCCCGAAGACCUCAUCAGACACAAGCUCAAAGAGGUCUACGAACGCAAGCAGCUGCUCAACGGUCAAAAGAAGGGCCCCUUCCCUCUUAACAAAUCGCCCCAGCUUGGUGGGCGAGGCCACGCCCCGCCCCCUAUGAGGCCUCAAGCCCCCGGCAUGGCCCCGCCUCCAGGCCCCUCCCACACACCUCCCUGGCCCCCACGCCCAAGGGGCCCGGUAGCCAUCGCCCCGUUCCCGUCCGCGACGCUCCCGGCCAGAGGCAGCCCUCCUCGCUGGCAACCUAAGGACCUGACUCAAGGGCCCAGGGACCAGGUCACCGGCCCCCACGCCCGUGAGAAGAAGCCCAAAGAGAAGGCCCCCCCGAAGGGUGCACUCGUGGCGAUGGCGCCGGAGCCCUCCGACGGCCCGGAAAUGACUCUUCCGCUGAUCCGCACCAAGACGGGCCGGAUCAUUCUGCCGUCCUCUCUGAAACCACUGGGGCAGGGAUUUUACACAAUCACAAUCAUGGAACCCGACAAGGAGAAAGCGGGUAGUAGCGUCGAGCCGGGGGAGGUGGUCCUACCGACCCCCUCGGACCCGAACGCGUCCACAGACCAAGCCUCCAAGCAGGACGGCGAGACCGGAGAGGAAGAGCCCGACUCGUCGUCCCCCACGGGGGACGAGGCCACCACGCCGCCGAAGCCCGUGUCGCUGGGGUCCAGGAAGUCCAUGUCCCCGCUGGUGGAGAUCGCCCGGCUCAACAAGUCCAUCAGCACCUCGUCGGCCAGCCAGUCGCUGCUGCUGCGGAACGACGGCGGCGGCGGCGGCGCCCGCGAGAGCAACGGCACGUCCCGCCUGAGCUUCAGCCCCUGCAGCCUGGUGUACGUCCCGCUGGUGCAGGACCCCGCCAAGGACGGGAGCCCGGGAGCCGGGGAGGCCGGUCCGUCGGUACCGCGCCGUGGCCGGGGGAGACCUCGGAAGCAUCCCCUGGUCCCAGCGGCCAAUCAGACCGCGGACGACGCGGCCUUGGCCGAGUCCAUGGAAGCAGGAGAAGGAGGAAGCCCGGACAAAACGGAGGAAGAGGGGGACAGCCCGGUUCUCGUCAAAAGGGGCAGAGGGCGGCCUCCGAAAAAACGCCCCCUCGAGGAAAAUGACCGGUACGGAGGCAGUCCCCCCGUGAAGGCAAGGGAGGCUGCGCCGAAGAGCCAGGGCCGGGGCAGGCCCCCAAGGGAGGUGUGGCGGAGUCCCGACAAGGCCAGGUCCACUGGGACGGUCUGUAGCCCAGACAUGGACCAGGAGGGGGGGACGGGCAGCGGCAAACGGCCCCUUACCCGCGGGGCUCUCGGGAAGGACUUCCCCAGUGCCAAGCGGAGGUCUUGGAUAGACGUGGAGAAGGAACUUGGACUGGAUUAGCCUGGUUUCUAUGGCGGUGGUGUUGUUGUUUUGGUACGGUCUCUAUGCAAGCGGACGGACACGGGACGAUACUCGCGAGGGGGUGCUUCCUGUGCCACUGAAACCCGACCCCCUUUUCUGGACCCUCGUUGCUCUCAUUACCCAGCAUGCAGCUCAAUUGUUCAACCGAGUUUUUACGUCGACUCAAAUCACAGGGAACCGUGAAGACAUGAACGAAAACACUUCCAAGAGGUGCCUGUAGGUGAUGGUACCGUUUUCAUGUUGGGUCUCAAACAUCCAACGCUUUUUGUCCCAUUUGACAUUUGAAGCUUUGCGUUCAGACACUGGAUUCAGUAACGUGUUUGGUAAAGUAAUGUGUUACGGAAACGUAUAGUCCCAUAUUGGGGUGCAAACACUGGUAUAUCCCAAUCUAUCAAAGGUGAAUCUCUACAGCUGUUGUGUAUCUUUCCUCAGUCCUUAAUGAGGAUGAUAUUAUGAUAUGAUAUUUUGGUCGUCGUCAUGUUUUUCAUUGCAUUGUCUUGGUCGAGGGAACAUAAUGAGUUAUCUGAAUUACAGUAAGGAGAUUUAAGGUCAAGAACUGUCUUGAAAACGUCUUGGACGGUACUUGCACACCACUAAACGGUCACAUACAAGCAGACUUUGGGUUGCCAUUUAUUAUUUUUAACAGCAUCUUGUAAUUUUGUAAGGCUUCUGUUUUGGGGCGGGGGGGGGGUGCAUUAUUCCUCCAUAUGUUAUUUUAUUUACCAAUCAUGAAUUAAGUUAGCAGCACUUUAUUUGAUUAGUUUAAGCAAUCCGUAAUCUCUAACAGCUAGGCAGUGUACUGUUUUGUCUCCAACCCCUUAGCCUCUCUUCCCCAUGUUAUUAAGAGUUUUAGGACGUUAUAGCUUCAGAUAGAUGUGUAAUGCUUUAUUAUUAAUAAUGAAAUAUCUUUCUGCUGUAACCUAAUGUUUGGCAAUGCAUCCAAAUGAACUGUUCUCAACGUGUGUGUGAAUGACCAAUUAUUUGUACAAAGAAACAUUUUUUUUCUUUUUCUCUCCGUUUGUGUGUAAUUAUUUUUCAUGAACUCCGAAGUUGGUGACAAGAUUAUGUGGCCUUGGAAAUAAAUAAAAUGAAUGUUUAUUUUGAAUUACUGCUUAA